AUGAAAAAGCUAAAAAAAAAAGAAGCAAGCAAAUUAUUGGUGUUGAUGAGUAAGAAUGUAUUCUUAUUAAUGGCUAGCUUUUUUCAGUCAACCUCAUUAUCUGGCUUUGGAGCUCCUCCUCAACUACGCCUAACAUGCGGUACAACUGCCCCGAAUAAAGCGUUAAUUUUCUCUCCUUUCCAUCAUCAAAGCAUCACUUCCGGUUCUAUCUGUAGUUACCAAGUUCUCCUUCGAGUCAUCAACAGUCGCUUUGAUUCAACUUCAACCACAGAAAAUUCGAAGAAGAAGAAGAAGAAGAAAAUGGAACAAUCAUCAUUUGAUCCUGCCAAAUUACGCGCCGAUUUUAUUCAACUUCUUCGCUGUCGUCGAUCUGCUGAAGUUCCUUUGACAGUGGAACUUGCAAAGCCUGUUACACAUCCUUUGUAUCAAGGGGAUCAGCCGCCUUCACCUAGUCUCCGUGAGCCAAUGGAAUCGUGUCCUAAAGCAGAUAUCGAGAAUCUUGAGGAUUUGCUUGUAGAGGAAAACCUUUACUUGUACACUGAGGCUUCCGAGCAAGGACGAUUGCCAGUUUUGAUUUUGAGCAUGAAACAAAGUAGUGAUUUGAAGAGGCCAGCUAUUGUUUUCUUGCACAGCACACACAAGUGUAAAGAAUGGUUACGACCUCUACUUGAGGCUUAUGCUUCACGUGGUUAUGUUGCUAUUGCCAUUGAUUCCCGUUAUCAUGGUGAACGUGCGAAUAGUCUGACAACAUAUAGUGAAGCACUUGUAUCAUCAUGGAAAAAUGGUGACACUAUGCCAUUCAUAUUUGAUACGGUAUGGGAUCUAAUUAAGCUGGCUGAUUAUCUCACUAAUCAAAGGGAUGAUAUUGAUUUUGUGAGGAUUGGAAUCACUGGCGAGUCACUUGGAGGAAUGCACGCAUGGUUUGCUGCUUUCGCGGAUACGCGCUAUGCUGUGGUUGCACCUAUUAUAGGAGUUCAGGGGUUUCGGUGGGCCAUAGACAAUGAUAAAUGGCAGGGACGUGUGGAUAGUAUCAAGAUUGUUUUUGAAGAAGCCCGUGUUGAUUUGGGAAAGAGUGUAAUAGAUAAAGAAGUUGUGGAGAAGGUUUGGGAUAGGAUUGCUCCUGGUCUAGCAUCACAUUUUGAUUCACCAUAUACAAUUCCAGCAGUAGCCCCUCGUCCUCUGCUAAUUUUGAACGGUGCUGAUGACCAUCGAUGCCCCCUUGAUGGUCUAGAGACACCUAAAUUGAAAGCUCAAAAAGCAUAUGAAGCACAACAUCAUAGUGAUUAUUUCAAGCUCGUAGCAGACACUGGAAUAGGACACCGUAUGACAUCAUCUAUGGUCAAAGAAGCUAGUGACUGGUUUGACAAAUACCUUUAGAGUGUGAGGUGUGAGGUUGGAUGCUAUGCUGUUUUUGCUGCGUAUUUUUUCAUUGUUUCGUGAUAAACCGCUCUAAUUUGGCAAAAUGCUUAGAAUAAUAAGUGAAGGCUGAAGCAGCCUCAAAGGUUGAAUAAAUUUUGUCUGUAUAUUUAAACUGCAUGCUGUAGAAAAGAAAUUACAUUGUCACUGCUGUUAAAUGUAACAUCAUAUAGUUUCUGAAACAAUUUUCAGAUGCUCAUUGUUGCGUGUU